AGAAGACUGUAACUCCAUAGAGUGUAACUGUGGUAGAGCGUUUCUUUUUCUUCUUCUUUUUUUAAUUACUGAUUGUUUCUCUGUGGCUCUGUCAUUUUCCAAGAAUGCUUCUUUCAUGUGGAGAGAAGUUAGCAGCAGGGCUGCUGGAAUUAUUUUAAGCUUAUGGUUGAUUGUAUGUAAUGAAAGUUCUCAGCAUAACUUGAAAUUCUGCUACACGGAGUUUAGCGAUUCUCUUCUUCGUAUACAUACAAAACAGUUUUAAAAGCUACUAAACUUACGUAAUCUCUUUCUCAGCCUCUCUAGGCCUCCUACAAAUUAAUACUCGAAACCGACUUUGCAAAAUAAUUUUUGCAUAAAAAUCAGCUUAGAAAAAUAGUUAUGCUAAGAAAACAACUCCUGAGCUAUUGUUGACCUUCCUAACUCUGAAUUUUUACUGGCAGCCCUGAAACGUGGUGAUCCAUAAUCAAAUGUUCUAAGCCACAUCUUGUGACAUAUUUUACUUCGUGAAAACGUCGCAUCAUCACUGCGUAGUAGUCUGCAUGUGUACAUAAUAUCAGAUUUCGUAUUUUAAAAAUGUUCAGCAGGCAAGACUUCAAGAAAUACUCAUUUUUAUGGAAAGCAGGAAAAUAUCUUAAUUUUUACUGAAAUUUAAGCUUGUUUGUCUUUACCUUGCGUAUUUCAAAAGAGAAAACAUAUCCAGUGGUGUUCUAACCAUUUUAUAUACAUGUUUGAUAUAUGCAUACAAAUUUUCUCAGGCAAAAUAUUUCCCAUCCUUUUUCACUAAUUAAAAUCCCUGCCCUGCUCUUUUUCAAAAGUGUCUCUCAUUUCAAAGUUGUGAAAUAUGGGGUGGUGAUAUGUAGGAACUCUUCUAAGUUUGGCUCUGGAGGAGCGCUCCCUCUGCCUUUCUGAAGAGACUUUUCUCCUGGGAUGUUUCUCUGCUUGUUUGGUUAUUUGUAUUUUGAAACCAGGAUCUGUAGAAGUUCUCGUCUUCCCCGCCUUGUCACCACACUCUAAUCUGUUCACCCUGACCUUCCACCUUAAAGUGAAUAAGCGCUUAGGCAGGCAUAGUCCUGUAAGCCGAUAGUGCCACCGGCCUCAGCUAAACGAAAAGAAAGGAAAUUGUCCCAUAUGCAUUUGCUGUGGAUUCAUGGGUUGGCUUUUCUGUGAUAGAGGAAGCCUGUUUGUCUCUUUGGGGUCUUGCACAUGCAAGGGAAAUAUCAAUCUAACGUACCACUGGCUUCUAAGCAGGAACGAAUGCAGGAAUUUGGGAACUGAGCAGUGCAAGUGCUGAAGAAGGAGAUUUGUUUGGAGGAAACAGGAAAGAGAAAGAAAAGGAAGGAAAAAAUACAUAAUUUCAGGGACGAGAGAGAGAAGAAAAACGGGGACUAUGGGGAGAAAAAAGAUUCAGAUUACGAGGAUUAUGGAUGAACGUAACAGACAGGUGACAUUUACAAAGAGGAAAUUUGGGUUGAUGAAGAAGGCGUACGAGCUGAGCGUGCUCUGUGACUGUGAGAUCGCGCUGAUCAUCUUCAACAGCACCAACAAGCUGUUCCAGUAUGCCAGCACCGACAUGGACAAGGUGCUGCUCAAGUACACGGAGUACAACGAGCCGCACGAGAGCCGGACAAACUCCGACAUCGUGGAGACGUUGAGAAAGAAGGGCCUUAAUGGCUGUGACAGCCCAGAUCCCGAUGCAGACGAUUCAGUAGGUCACAGCCCUGAGUCUGAGGACAAGUACAGGAAAAUUAACGAAGAUAUUGAUCUAAUGAUCAGCAGGCAAAGAUUGUGUGCUGUUCCACCUCCCAACUUUGAGAUGCCAGUCUCCAUCCCAGUGUCCAGCCACAACAGUUUGGUAUACAGCAACCCCGUCAGCUCACUGGGAAACCCCAACCUUUUGCCACUGGCCCACCCUUCUCUGCAGAGAAAUAGUAUGUCUCCUGGUGUAACACAUCGACCUCCAAGUGCAGGUAACACAGGUGGUCUGAUGGGUGGAGACCUCACAUCCGGUGCGGGCACCAGUGCAGGGAACGGAUAUGGCAAUCCCCGAAACUCACCAGGUCUGCUGGUCUCACCUGGUAACUUGAACAAGAAUAUGCAAGCAAAAUCUCCUCCCCCCAUGAAUUUAGGGAUGAAUAACCGUAAACCAGAUCUCCGAGUUCUUAUUCCACCAGGCAGCAAGAAUACGAUGCCAUCAGUGUCUGAGGAUGUCGACCUGCUUUUGAAUCAAAGGAUAAAUAACUCCCAGUCUGCUCAGUCAUUGGCUACCCCAGUGGUUUCCGUAGCAACUCCUACUUUACCAGGACAAGGGAUGGGAGGAUAUCCAUCAGCCAUUUCAACAACAUAUGGUACCGAGUACUCUCUGAGUAGUGCAGACCUGUCAUCUCUGUCUGGGUUCAACACCGCCAGCGCCCUUCAUCUUGGGUCAGUAACUGGCUGGCAACAGCAACACCUACAUAACAUGCCGCCAUCCGCCCUCAGUCAGCUGGGAGCUUGCACUAGCACUCAUUUAUCUCAGAGUUCAAAUCUCUCCCUGCCUUCUACUCAAAGCCUCAACAUCAAGUCAGAACCUGUUUCUCCUCCUAGAGACCGUACCACCACCCCUUCGAGAUACCCACAACACACGCGCCACGAGGCGGGGAGAUCUCCUGUUGACAGCUUGAGCAGCUGUAGCAGUUCGUACGACGGGAGCGACCGAGAGGAUCACCGGAAUGAAUUCCACUCCCCCAUUGGACUCACCAGACCUUCGCCGGACGAAAGGGAAAGUCCCUCAGUCAAGCGCAUGCGACUCUCGGAAGGAUGGGCAACAUGAUCAGAUUAUUACUUAAUAGUUUUUUUUUUUUCUUGCAGUGUGUGUGUGUGCUAUACCUUAAUGGGGAAGGGGGGUCGAUAUGCAUUAUAUGUGCUGUGUGUGGAAAAAAAAAAGUCAGGUACUCUGUUUUGUAAAAGUACUUUUAAAUUGCCUCAGUGAUACAGUAUAAAGAUAAACAGAAAUGCUGAGAUAAGCUUAGCACUUGAGUUGUACAACAGAACACUUGUACAAAAUAGAUUUUAAGGCUAACUUCUUUUCACUGUUGUGCUCCUUUGCAAAAUGUAUGUUACAAUAGAUAGUGUCAUGUUGCAGGUUCAACGUUAUUUACAUGUAAAUAGACAAAAGGAAACAUUUGCCAAAAGCGGCAGAUCUUUACUGAAAGAGAGAGCAGCUGUUAUGCAACAUAUAGAAAAAUGUAUAGAUGUUUUGGACAGACCCGGCAAAGGGUGGCCAUUGGUAAAUGUUAGGAACACACCAGGUCACCUAACAUCCCGAGAACGCGCUCACAAACCUGCACGCAUAUCAUUGGCGUAUGGCACUCAUUAAAAAGGAUCAACGACCAUUCAACGAGGACCAUACCUAUUUAAAAAAAAAAAAAAAUGUGGAGUUUGAGGGCUAACGUAUUUAAUUAAAUAAAUAAAUAAAUCUGGGUCUGCAUCUCUUAUUAAAUAAAAAUAUAAAAAUAUGUACAUUACAUUUUGCUUAUUUUCAUAUAAAAGGUAAGACAGAGUUUGCAAAGCAUUUGUGGCUUUUUGUAGUUUACUUAAGCCAAAAUGUGUUUUUUCCCCCUUGAUAGCUUCGCUAAUAUUUUAAACAGUCCUGUAAAAAACCAAAAAGGACUUUUUGUAUAGAAAGCACUACCCUAAGCCAUGAGGAACUCCAUGCUUUGCUAACCAAGAUAACUGUUUUCUCUUUGUAGAAGUUUUGUUUUUGAAAUGUGUAUUUCUAAUUAUAUAAAAUAUUAAGAAUCUUUUAAAAAAUCUGUGAAAUUAACAUGCUUGUGUAUAGCUUUCUAAUAUAUAUAAUAUUAUGGUAAUAGCAGAAGUUUUGUUAUCUUAAUAGCGGGAGGGGGGUAUAUUUGUGCAGUUGCACAUUUGAGUAACUAUUUUCUUUCUGUUUUCUUUUACUCUGCAUACAUUUUAUAAGUUCAAGGUCAGCUGUCAAAAGGAUAACCUGUGGGAUUAGAACAUAUCACGUUGCAACACCCUAAAUUGUUUUUAAUACAUUAGCAAUCUUUUGGGUCAACUGACAUCCAUUGUAUAUACUAAUGAGUUUCUUUCAUGCUAUUUUUUGUUUUGUUUUUGCAUUAUUAUCAAAUGCAGGGCCCCUUUCUGAUCUCACCAUUUCACCAUGCAUCUUGGAAUUCAGUAAGUGCGUACCCUAACUUGCCCGUAUCCUAAAUUAUCUGGCUGGUUUUCAGCCUAGAAUUUGAUACACUUUUUAGAAAUAUGCCCAGAAUAGAGAAGCUAUGUUGGGGCACAUGUCCUGCAAAUAUGGCCCUAGAAACAAGUGAUAUGGCGUUUACUCAAUGCAUAAGUUAUAAAUUCCCACAGAAGAAAAAUGUGAAAGACUGGGUGCUAGACAAGAAGGAAGCAGGUAAAGGGAUAGUUGCUUUGUCAUCCAUUUUUAAUUAUUUUAACUGACCCUCAACAAUCUUGUCAGCAAUAUAGGACUGUUGAACAAUCCCGGUGUGUCAGGACCCCCAAAUGUCACUUCUGCAUAAAGCAUGUAUGUCAUCUAUUUUUUUCUUCAAUAAAGAGAUUUAAUAGCCAUUUCGAGAAAUCCCAUUAAAGAACCUCUCUAUGUCCCUUUUUUUAAAUUUUACAAGAAAUAAUGAUGACUCUUGUCUGAUAUUCGUCUAUAAGGGAUUAAUUUUCAGACCCUUUAAAAAGUGAGUGCCAUAAAAAAAAAAAGUAGAUAUAUAUUGUUUAAAAGAGAUUUCAAUCCAGGAAUGAUUUUCCUUCUCUUGGAAUGUGAAGAUCUGUCGAUUCAUCUCCAAUCAUGUGCAUUGACAUACACAGCCACGAAGAUCCAGACAGGAAGAGCGACACUGCUAUAGCACGUGUAGGACAUUUCUUAUCCAUUCUUUUCUUUCACUUGCAUAGUUGCUGUGUGUUUCUCACUAUAAAAGGCUGCCGCUGGGUGGCAAAAGCCAAGAGACCUUACUAACUAGGCUGUAUUUUCUUAACUUGAUCUGAAAUCCACAAUUAGACCACAGUGUACCUUUGGUGGUAUCAUAUAGGAUGCCAGCCUGCCUUGUACUAAUGUUUUAUAUACUGAAAACAAACAAAAAAAUCUGUCAACCUUUUCCUAUAUCCCACUACUCCAGGUAUCCAUGGAACAUGAAAGAAAAACAUUUACGCAGAGGAAAAACAGAAAAUCAUCCCUGAACAUAAAACAGACACACACAAACACACACACACACGCACACACACACGUUGACACAUGGGAGGAAAAACUAAGAAAGUCAUUUUCCUCACCAUAUACUUGAUCCCAUCCUUACAACCAUCCUUGUAACUUGAUGUGUAUAAAAUAUGCAAACAUGUCACAAAUGUUGUUGUCAUUUCAAAACACUUUACCAAUAUCAGCAGAUUUACCAGUGGGUGGGAAAGGGUCAUUAUGUGAAAAUACGAAAAAAUAGCCAUAUUAAUUUUUUACCUGCAAUUUGCCUCCGCAACAAAGGAAAAGUGAAUUUAUAAUGCUGAACAGAGAGUAAGCUAAAGUACCAGCAGAAGCCUUGGCUAUUUAUAGCAGAUCUGACAAUAGUUUUAUAAGAACAUGAAAAGAACAGAAUAACUUGAAAACGGAUGCCAGUCAUCUCUUGUUCCCACUGCUGAAUCCAUAUAAAGUGGUAGCAAGAUAGCAAAGGGAUAAUCUGAGAAUUUUUUUAAGACGACUUAAUGAGAAGAAGCACAAUUUUUAUUGUGAUGAGUCACUUUCUGUAAACAAUCACUGUCUAUCUUUACCCUUCUACCUUAUCUGUAAUUUACCAUUUAUUGUAUUUGCAAAGCUAGUAUGGUUUUGGGUUUUUAUCACAGUAAAUCCUUUGUAUUCAGGAGUCUAGGGCAGAGCCCUGAGGGAGUGUUAUUUUACAUACCCCAUCCUAGGGUAACAUUUUAGGCAACAUUCUUCACUGCGAGCAAAAGAACCAUAAACAGCGUUUUACACAGCUACAAAUAUUGUUAUAGCUAAUCCUAUUUUCAAAGAUUUUUGGUAAUAUUAAGCUUCAGUACUGGUAACACAUGCAAGAUACGCAAGCCGCACCACCUGUAUAUUGUAUGCAUUGGUGAGUGGAAGGCUGUUCAUUUCAACCUUUUUUAAAAUUGUGUUUUUUAGUAAAAUGGCUUAUUUUUUCCCAAAGGUGGAAUUUAGCAUUUUAUAAUGAUGAAUAUGAAGAUACCUGUCAUCCUCAGAUCGUUUUCAGGGUGACUAAAACAAAAAAGUUCCAAUACACUUUUUAAAAGAAUGUCUGCCCUCUCACACUUUGAUGUGUUUGUUUUUCUUACAUACCCAUCUUUGAAUUUAGAGAUAGCAUUUUUUUUUUUUUUGCCCCUUAUCAUGAGCUUUUGUUUGUUUUUCCGGAGGGUAAAUGUUUUGUAUUUUCUUUCUUUAAAAAAAAGUUUUUUUUUUUUUUAAAGAAUCAGCCACUUGAACCCUCAAUAAAGGCUGUUGCCUAAGCAUGGCAUACUUCAUCUGUUCCCAUUUGUGCCAUCUGCUGUGAUGUCACUUACAUGGCGUUAAUUUCCUGCCACUACAGAUCUUUUGAAGAUUGAUGGAAUACUGGUGUCUGUUAGAACACUUCAGACUACAGAUGUAAUUAAAGGCUUUUCUUAAUAUGUUUUUAACCAAAGAUGUGGAGCAAUCCAAGCCACAGAUCUUCUACAUUCAAUUUGUCCAUUUGGGUUAUUUUCAUAAUCGGGUAUUGCAUUUUGCCUUCCCUAUUCAUACCUCAAAUUGAUUCAUACCUCAGUUGAAUUCAGAGAGGUCGGCUAAGUGACAGAUUCUGUUGUGGUGUGAACGCAGUACCAAGUGUUCUCGCGGAGCAAAGUAGACCUGGGUCACUGUAGGCAUAGGACUUGGAUUGCUUCAGAUGGUUUGCUGUAUCAUUUUUCUUCUUUUUCUUUUCCUGGGGACUUGUUUCCAUUACAUGACAGUAAUUAAAAUAGCUUGUAAAUGAGGGCAUACAAGCAUUUGCAACAAAUAUUCAAAUAGAGGCUCACAGCGGCAUAAGCUGGACUUUGUCGCCACUAGAUGACAAGAUGUUAUAACUAAGUUAAACCACAUCUGUGUAUCUCAAGGGACUUAAUUCAGCUGUCUGUAGUGAAUAAAAGUGGGGAAUUUUCAAAAGUUUCUCCUGCUGGAAAUAAGGUAUAAUUUGUAUUUUGCAGACAAUUCAGUAAAGUUACUGGCUUUCUUAGUGA